GAGUAAAGAAAGUCAGUCUGAGCAAGAUGGCUGGCCGGGUGACUUCGGCCUUUUAUUAUUACGCGCUUUUAUUUCAUUUGAUAUUGUUAACUAGUUCGAAUAAUGGACUGAGGUUUGGAGACAAUGCGAAAACAUUGCACAUCGUGGAUGAUGAUUCGUUCGAUUACAAACAACCGAUUAUCAUCAAUCGUGAUGAGCAUUUACAUGAUACCAGCGAAACGUCAUCUAGUCGAAUGCGCCGAGAUGUUCCUCAAGCGUUCCCAAAUAAUAAUCCAAACAUUACAACAAAGAUUAAUGCUUUAAAUGAUUCACAUCAGCAAUUGAUGGUACAUUGGGUUGGAGAAGGAUCUAAUGUGAUAAUAUGUCUAGCAAGAGACAGUACACCAGUGAAACGUAUGCUAGACAAAUUUGCAACACCCAGCCCCCCUACACCUAGCGCUGUGUAUAUAAGUUACGAUUAUGGUAAUACAUUUGUGAACAAGACAGACAAAUUUCGGAUUUCUUCCGAACCGGAUGCACCGUAUGCCACUUUGGACAAGUUCACUAAUCAUCCAAAGUUUUAUAGAUACUGUAUCUUUGUGGACAGUUCGCAUAGCUUACUGUUCAUCACACUUAACGAUGGUGAAACUAUUGAAAGGGUGCAAGUACCAUUUCAUCCAAGUGAGAUCUCAUUUUAUGAUAUGCAUUAUAGAGUUAUUAUUGCUCUUGACAAAGUUGAUCCAAUGCGAAAAUUGUGGUUAUCAAGGGAUGCUGGAUUUACCUGGAUACCAAUAUAUCAAUACGUAAAAGCAUUCUUCUGGUCUCCUUUGCCAGCAUUAAUCGUGGAACGUAUCGAACCAUCUGGGCUGAACAGUGUUUGGCAAUUAGAUUUGGAAUACUGGAUGUCAACAAAAUUCAAUGAGGAAUUCACGGUCGUUAUCACAAACGUCGAAGACUUUCAAAUUCGAGGCGAUUAUAGAUUCGCGACAAUGAAGAAGAAUGGAACAGAAAAUCUAGAUCUCUAUGUCUCCUACAAGUACAGCUAUUUCGUCAAGGCUGAAUUCAGCACAGAUUUACCAAUUAAAGCUUAUCACAUCGUUGACGUGUCGCAUAAUAGAGUCUUUGUCACAGCUUCUCACAGUGAAACCCAAGUGAAUCUCUAUAUAUCGGAAAUGAUAGAUAAAAAAAGAGCAACAUUCACGUUAUCUCUCGAGGGAAUCUUAACGUUUUUCCCUAAUAAUACUUGGAAAGACAGUUGGUUGAAUGAAGUGGUCGACGAGGCAUUUACAGAUUUAUACAAAGUUGAAGGUCUUCGUGGAAUUUAUAUAGCGUCGCAAGUGAGAGGUACACCGAAAUCAGGGUCAAUCGGACCGGAGCAUUUGGUAUCGUUGAUAACUUUCGACCACGGCGCAACAUGGAAUCCCAUAAGACCACCGACCUCGAAUUACGAAGGAUUUUAUAUUCAGUGUCCGAAAAACUGUUCGUUGCAUUUAAGCCAACGUUUCAGCCAAUUGUACCCUGUAACGAGAUCUGUCUCUAUUAUGAGCUCAAAAUCCGCUCCUGGUAUCAUAAUGGCUACCGGAGUUAUAGGGCCAAAUCUCAAAGGACAUCCCGCUCUGUACGUAUCCAGAGAUGCCGGUCUCACGUGGACACAAGUCCUCAAGGAUUACUAUUUCUUCAACAUGGGCAAUCAUGGUGGUUUAUUGGUGGCUGUUAAGUAUUUCAAAUCCCGAGGUGAAACCAGAGAUAUUUCCUAUUCCACCGACGAGGGUGAAACCUGGCAAUCGUACGAGUUCAACGAGAAAAUGUUGCGAGUAUACGGUUUGAUGACCGAGCCCGGAGAAAAUACAACAGUGUUCACGAUGUUUGGUUCCGCGAGCGGUCAACAUCAAUGGUUGAUCAUCAAAGUUGACCUGAGAAACGUGUUCGAGAGAGAUUGCGAAGAGGAGGACUUCAAGUUCUGGUCUCCGUCGAGCCCGGAUCAACCGUGGAUGACGUGCGUGUUGGGUCGUAAAGUGACCUAUCAACGAAGAGCUGCACGAGUCAAUUGUUACAUCGACGUGGAUUACGAUCGUCCAGUAAAAACAGAAAUAUGUCCCUGCGAUUACAACGACUAUCAAUGCGACUUCGGGUUUGUCCGAGUUGGAAAUCCCUAUCAAUGCAUUCGCGAUAGGUCUGUACUUUUCUACAAUCCCUAUGCUGUACCGGUAAACUGCGAACCCGGGACGUUCUAUAAUCGAACGAAGGGAUACAUAAAGAUAGCCGAUGACGAGUGCGUCGGUGGUUUGGCUAGAAACUUUGAACCUGACGAAAUUCCGUGUCCCAUAGGAGAGAAGUCAGAGUUCCUGCUAGUGGCCCAACGGGAACAUAUAUCUCGUAUAGAUCUGGUGGAAGAAAAGUUAGAAACAUUGCCGGUUCACGAUUUGAAAAACGUGAUAGCCAUAGAAUUCGACAUGAAGAACAACUGUCUGUACUGGGCAGAUAUCGUGAACGACACGAUUGGCAGGCAGUGUUUCAAGAAUGGUACUAGUUAUCCUGAGAUUUUGGUGGAAGUCGACUUGAGUUCCAUCGAGGGAAUGGCAUUGGAUUGGGUAUCCAAUCUUUUGUAUUUCGUGGAUGGCGUGAAGAUGAGGAUUCAAGUGAUCAGAACGGAUAUAUCGAUUGCUGGACGAAUGCGAAGAACCAUUCUAGGACCCAAUAACCUCCAGAAACCUAGAGGCAUCGCGGUUCACCCUAUGAAUGGUUACAUGUUCUGGACCGAUUGGGCACCGGGUAACGCUUCAGUUUCGAGAGCGAAUCUGGAUGGGACAGAAGUGAAACGGCUGUUCGUGGAACCCACCGUUGAUUGGCCAAAUGGAAUAACAAUUGAUCACAUAUCGGAGCGGAUCUAUUGGGUGGAUGCUAGACAGGAUUACAUAGGAUCGAGCGAUUUCGACGGGAAGAAAUUUAAAAAGAUUAUCUCAAAGAACGAUCGAGUAUCGCAUCCUUUCGCCGUUGCGGUCUUCAAAGACAACAUGUAUUGGGACGAUUGGAAACAAUCAAUGAUAUUCGUCGCGGACAAGGAUCACGGUUUGGGUAUAUCAACGAUCAUCGGUCAGUUACCUGGUUUGAUGGAUCUGAAAGUGUUUGCCCACAGUAUUCAGAUGGGUACCAAUGCUUGCGCCAAUAGCACCUGUUCGCACAUAUGCGUGGGAGCGCCUCACGAUGGACACGUGUGUCUUUGUCCUGAUGGAAUGGAGAUGGUUGGGGGUAAAUGUAUGUGUCCAGGUGGUACCAUACCGUACGCGAAUUCCACGUGUCCUCAGGUAGCCUCCACCUGCGCACCGAAUCAAUUCGCUUGUCAGAACAAUGUGUGCAUCCCGGCAUCCUGGCGAUGCGACAAGGACAACGAUUGCGGGGAUAAAUCAGACGAGAUCAAUUGCACUAGGGUCACCUGCGAUCCGAACAAUUUCAAGUGCGACGUCACCAAGUGCAUCCCACGGUACUGGGUCUGCGAUAUCGAUCAGGAUUGCAAGGAUGGCACCGAUGAGUUAAAUUGCAAAUACUCGGAUUGCACGGAAUCCCAGUUUACCUGCGGCAACGGUAGAUGCAUUAAUCACAGAUGGCGUUGCGACGGUGAAGAUGAUUGCGGUGAUUAUUCAGAUGAAAACAACUGCACGAAAAACGUACCACCGAGCACCUGUAGAUCCGACGAGAUCCUUUGCAAACACGAGCACGCGUGUAUACCGACUGGAUGGAAAUGCGACGGCGAGCCAGACUGCGAGGACGGCAUGGACGAAAAUGAAUGCAAUAAGAUGGUCUGCGAAAGUUGGCAGUUCACCUGUAAUCUAUCACAGGCCAAGCAUCGAUGCAUUUACAACUCGUGGGUCUGCGACGGGGAUGAAGACUGUUCGGAUGGUUCAGACGAGGCGAAUUGCACCACUACCGUACAGUCAGCCACCCUGGCCCCGAUUCUGCCCAGCAGUCCCUGCAAUAACUGGAUGUUCAUGUGCAACAACAAGAAAUGCGUGCCCUAUUGGUGGAAAUGCGACACCGUGGACGAUUGCGGCGACGAUUCCGAUGAAAUUGGCUGCGGCAACGACGAGGUCGACGAGUGGACGGCACUGUACAUACCCACCGAACAAGCUAAAGUCUGUCAGGAACACGAGUUCCAGUGCUUGAACGGCAAAUGUAUACACGACGCGUGGGUCUGCGAUGGUACGAAGGAUUGCGCUUCAGGAGAAGACGAGUCCCAUUGCGACGGAGUUCCGGCCUCCUGCAGAGAGAAUCAGUUCAUGUGUAGAAUGGACGGUACCUGCAUACUCGCGACCGGUGUUUGCAACGGUGUGGAAGAAUGCCCUGACGGCAGUGACGAGUUAGGCUGUUCCCGAGAGCAGCAUUCUAGCCCAGCAGCCACGCCAUCCUGCUAUGCCGGCUUGUUCCCUUGCGACGAGACGCGAUGCUUCCCCCUGGCCGCGUACUGCGACGGCAACCAGGAUUGCAUGGACGGAUUCGAUGAAAGCAACUGCGAAAAGAACAGUUCAUUGGUUUAUCAGCUUCUCGUGAUGGGAUUGGACGAGCGUUCGGUGAACGCCAGCAGCGUUUUCCUCUUCUGGUGGAUGCCAGUGCCCGUUAACGUCACCUUCGAGUUCCUGCCCUCUAUAGCCUUAGCGGAACCAGGCGCUAACUGGACCAACGCCAGCGAAUGGAUCGAGGACAUGGAGUAUCAGUUCAAUAAUCUUAAACCGUACACUCGUUACAAUCUUACGGUCCAUGUUAGGCUAAAGGGUCAGAAUGUAGUAUUCCCGCCUACUAAGUAUCUAGCAGUGACGACCGGUGAGGGCGUCCCCUCCGAACCAUGGAACGUAACCGUGACCCAGAAAAAUGGAACCAAGGUGGAGGUCACUUGGCAGCCACCUCGUCAUCCCAAUGGACUCAUUACCAGAUACGAAAUUUUUGUAACACCGCCUAUACCCCCGAUGCGUUUCUUCUGGCAAAAGACUUCGGCAGUUAUAGACAUAGCGUUCGAGGCAGGUAAGAAGUACUACUUCUACGUGAUAGCUAAGAACAGGGAUCACGAGUCAGCCUCCUCGAACGUGGCUACGUUUACCUUCGACGGUUCAGCCAACAUUGACAACAUCGAGAACCUCGAAGUCGUUGCGACGACCAAUCACUCGGUCACAUUAUCCUGGAAGGCGAUCAAGGACGUCGACAGCUAUCACGUCACUCCAAGAGCUCCGUCCCAUUAUCCUGCACUGCAGACUAUCUCUACUCUGGAGAAUCACUUGGAGGUUACGAAAUUAGCUCCUGGUACUAAGUACACAUUCGAGGUUGGAGCCAUGAAGAAGAAGUACGUUGGAAAGGUGACGGCGAUAAUCGCUACCACGCAAGGCGUUUCUUUGCCAACGAUCACAAAGCUGCAAGCUCAUCUGGUUAAACCCCAUGGAACCACCGUGAAGCUCACUUGGGAUCCACCGAAGAGCACCAGGAAGAUCAAAUGGCAAUAUGCGAUUCAUUAUGCUAUUAAUAUGUCGGAGUUCUUUAAAGAGUAUAAACUUCUGACGACAAACCUGUCGGUGACUAUUAAGGACCUGGAGGCUUGCGAGUCUUACGUGUUCUCGGUGGGUGUUAACGGAGAUUAUGGUGCUGGUCCUCUGAGUCAACCUGUCACAGUGCUGACGCAUUACAAUCAGCGGGCUCCGCCGAAGAAAUUGAGGGUCAGCGCGACGGACAAACCGAAUAGUAUAAUCGUUUCUUGGAGCGCUAGUUGCCCCACCAUCGACGAACCCAUUAGAUACACGAUCAGUAUGACAGAAUUGACCCUGAACAAGAGCUUCGUGGUGACCCUAGCACCCACCAAGGAGACACUUAUGAAGCACACCUUCAACUGCAUCAAACACAGCGGCAAAUAUCGAAUCACCGUGGCUACGGAUGUUGAGAAUGCUAUACCUAGACAACCAGUCAUCUACACAGCUCCUAUAAUCUUGCCACCUCAUCAGGUGAAAGUUCUACACGAGAACGAGGGACUCCUCGUCUUCUGGCAAGAACACGAUUUACCGGAAAGCAUAAAGACUGACAAGUAUCACUAUGAAAUUUUGAUGGUGGAAGGACACACGAUGAACGAGUCGCUUGCUAAAGUAUUCAAGGUCGAACAACCGCCGUAUACCUUCAAGGAUGUGAAGCCUGAUGUAAUUUAUUCGUUUGCCGUUCGUUUGGUCACCGAGGAGGGGUACAUGAGUCCUUUGAGCGAGACCUACAGCACCAGAAAUCUUGGAGAGGUUUCCUCGUUACCAGUGACCAUGAACACGUCGAACAUCCUCUCGUUUGCUAUACCAAUCUGUUUAUUGAUCGUGGCAUUGGGAUCUGCAUUGGCAUACUUUAUUGUGAGACACAGAAGGUUGAGUAAUAGUUUCACUCAAUUUGCUAACAGCCACUAUGAUACCAGACGUGGACAGGCGACUUUCCCAGGAACUACAGAUGGUUUAGAAGAAGAAGACAGUCCCGUGAUCCGAGGGUUCUCCGACGACGAACCGUUGGUGAUAGCAUAGGCUCAAAAUUAACACAUGACAAACGUCCACACUGAACCAUACACGUACACAUAAUACACCUAUUUACAUGUUAGGAAAAAUGUGCCAAGACACUAUUAAUACGAUAAAGUUCGAGUAUAUAUUUAGGUAAGACGACCUGAUCAUAAAGGUGGAAAGCUUUUGUGAAAGUGGCUCAAGACUGACAUACGUACAUACACACAUACACACAGAGAAAUAUAACCAAACACUAAUCCUAGUUAGUACAGAUCGAUUAAAAUGGGCUGCUCAGAGCACUUACAUGAAAGCUUUACGAGAUGAAACGUGAAAUUUAUAUCACCCCUACAUCGUAGAGUACUAAUUAUGUACGUGUACAUUUGAGGGUAACGUAAGCUUCUUUCGACACCUCAACACUUGUCUUCUUUGUUCUUCAAAGAACUUGGAGAGACUUCUAUGUUAUUUUUAUUAAUUAAAUUUUACACUAUUUUUUAAAAUAUUAUUUUACAACGCCUGAAGCACUUUUGUUUAAAACUUUAUAGGUGUAAUUUUAACUUACUGACUGGAAGCGUACGGGAACAAGUCUAAAUUAGGCUCCUCCCCAUCUACAUUUAUUCUUAGCCAAAGGAAGCCUACAUUACACUCAGGUGUAUAUGAUAGAUUGAUUAAGUAUACGGACGAUUAAGUCUACGUCACAUUGGCGAGCUAUUAAAAGGUGGAAAUUGUUGUUUUGUUAAGAUACGUUUAUGUAAAAAUCAGAUGAAGAGUGUGCAAGAGAGAGAGUGAGAAAGGAAGAGAAGAUAAAGAGGAAUCUGUACAUAUAGUAAAUAUUUUGUACGAAGAGCAGAACUUUUCAAGCUUUUUCCAAGAGAUGCCAUACAUGAAGUUGACACAAAUUUGUACUAUAUGCAUAAUAACGAAAAGACUGUCUUCUUCGCUUGUUCUUUUAUCGUCACUGUUUUUUUUUUAUUCGAGUGCAGAGAUUUUCAUCGUGUUUUAUCUUUUGACAAAAUUUUUUACCACGAGCCUGCAUUUAUUCACGCUCUGCCUCCGUACCUAUUUUAUUUUAUAUUUGUAAUAAAUCCUUUUAUAAGUGAAAACACCAAAUAAUAUCUUAUUCGUGUGGCGCAUGCAAUUUGUAAAGCGAGUCAUCACCCGUGGCGAUGAUGAAGGAUUUUGAUAUUUUAGCGUUUAAUUUUGAGCCGGAAGUCGAAACGAGCCAAAUCGGAAACCAUCGUCCCGUAUAACUUGAUCGAAAUUUUAUAUUUUUAAGCGUUCGUAUAUUGUCGCUCGCGUGUAUUCUACUUUUUAAAUGUUUUUUCGCGGGAUUAUCCUGUACGUUACGGUGUAAAUAAGGGAUUCAGAAAUGUGUAAUUUGGAUGUAACAUUGAUCUAGAAGAAAAGAAUCAUUCCUCUGUGAAACCGCGAACGCCGUCACCGUUUUUUAUACGACCCUCGAGCGGAAAGUAUAGCUAGGUAGAAACAUGAAAUUUUUGCAGAAAUAUUUUCUAUUUCGUUCAAACUUUAUUGCAAAGGGAGUAACGAACAAUUUUUAUCAUUCAACAGGACUAAGAUUCUUUGGAACAGGAAACAGGAAGCGUCGAGCAGUAUUAUCAGGGUGUCUGUUUCAAAAUGUUUGAAGAUUUUUAAGAUCGGUUUAGUUUCAUUAACACUGUUCCCUCAAAUGUAAUUAAUACCUGAUGAGUUUUAUUUUAAAAUUCAGUUUCUACCCUUUCAACGAAUAUUAACUAAAUGAAUUUUUUAACGUUUCUGAUUUAUUUUGAGUAAUUAUUUAUAAGUUAGAAGUUACGAGUGUUUCGAGAUUAUAGCUUGAGAUUAUUCCAAGUAAUUCGGUUUGAUUGUCAACGCAAUGAAAGAGAGAACAAGAACGAUGGAUUCGAAAAAGAAAUUUUCGAUGCAGUUUGUUUUUUGUGAGAUCGACUAUAUCGAUGAAGUAUAGCUUGUACGUGUAAAUCUCAAGGGUUAUAGCAAUAUAACAGUGAUAUAUACAUAAUAUAUAAAUAUCUAUGCGUAUACAUAUAAUAUAUUUGCGUGUAAAUAAAUGGAUUUAAGGCACAGAG